AUGAAUUGUCUAAGCCAUAGAGCAGACAAUGGAACAAGUUCUAGUGAUCAAGUUUUUUCAGUACCCACAUUCAGAAGACUACUGGCAAUUAAUGUUCCUGAAUGGAGGCAGGCAACAGCGGGAUGUGUAAGUGCUAUGUUAUUUUGUGCAAUUCAACCAUCUUAUGCAUGUGCCAUGGGGUCGAUGAUAUCAGUGUAUUUCUUGACGGAUCAUAAAGAGAUCAAGCAGAAGACAGAAGUAUAUGCCUUGUGCUUUGUGGGGCUUGCAUUGUUCUCAGUGUUUAUAAACAUAUGCCAGCAUUAUAAUUUUGCAUCAAUGGGGGAGCACUUGACCAAGAGAAUCCGAGAAAUGAUGGUUGUCAAGAUGCUCAGCUUUGAAAUUGGGUGGUUUGAUCAGGAUGAGAAAACAACUGGUGUUGUUUGCUCCAGACUAGCCAAUGUGGUAAGUAGGUCAUUAGUGGGUGAUCGCAUGGGGCUACUCAUCAAUGCUUUUUCGGCAAUGGCCAUUGCAUGCACCUUGGGCCUUGUUAUUGCAUGGAGGCUUGCGUUGGUGAUACUAGCCACUCAACCCCUUCUCAUUAUUUGCUAUUAUGGUAUGUUUGCUCUCCUGAAAAUCAUGUCAAAAAAGUCCAUUAAAGCUCACGAAGAAAGUCGUAAGCUUGCAGCAGAAGCUGUCACCAAUAUUCGAACUGUCACAGCCUUCAGCUGCCAAGCCCGAAUUCUCCAUAUGCUCGAAAAAGCACAAGAAGGACCACGACAAGAAAGUAUUCGCCAAUCAUGGUUUGCUGGUAUUGUGCUUGGGGUAUCCUCUAGUUUGUUGACAUUAGUGUGGGCCCUUGAUUCUUGGUACGGGGGUAAACUCAUUGCCGAUGGCUAUCUAGGAGCAAAAGCACUUUUCCAAACUCUUUUGAUGCUGAUAAGCACUGGUCGUUGCAUUGCUAAUGCAGGAACAAUGACUAGUGACCUAGCUGCAGGUUUAGAUGCAGUUAGGUCUGUAUUUGCAAUUCAGGACCGGUACUCCCAAAUUGAUCUUGAAGACCGAAAAGGCCACAUGCCUGAAAAGAUCAUAGGCCAUGUUGAAUUGCAAGAUGUUGUUAAUGUUGAUUUCGCAUAUCCUGCCAGGCAGGACGUCAUCAUUUUCAAAGGAUUCUCACUCACAUUUGAGUCAGGAAAGUCAACAGCAGUGGUUGGACAAAGUGGCUCAGGAAAGUCAACCAUAAUCAGCUUAAUUGAGAGGUUCUAUAGUCCACUUGGAGGAACUGUGAUGAUUGAUGGUCAAGAUAUAAAAUCUUAUCACUUAAGAUCUUCAAGACGACACAUAGCACUCGUUAGCCAGGAGCCCCCAUUAUUUGAAGGCACCAUACGCCAAAAUCUAGCAUAUUGUGCAUCAGAGGAUGUAAACGAGUCAGAGAUCAUUGUGGCUUCUAAGGCUGCCAAUGCUCAGGACUUCGUUGCAGCAUUGCAGGACGGAUAUGAUACAUGGUGCGGGGACAGGGGAUUGCAGCUAUCUGGUGGUCAGAAGCAGCGUAUUGCCAUUGUUGCUAUACUUAAAAAUCCAGCAAUAUUAUUGUUGGAUGAAGCAACAAGUGCACUUGAUAGUCAAUCAGGAAAGCUCCUACAGGGUGCACUUGAGGGAGUGGUGGUGGGAAGGACUAGUGUGGUUGUAGCGCAUAGGCUAAGUACAAUCCAGUGCUGUGAUAUAAUAGCGGUUUUGGACAAAGGUAAAGUAGUAGAGAAAGGGACUCAUUCUUCUCUGAUGGCUAAAGGUCCAAAUGGAGCAUACUACUCACUUUUCAGCCUCCAAAGUGACCGCUAUGCCACCAAUAACAUCAGCUAA